AUGGGUUAUCUGGCUCCCGGUAACCGUCAGUCAGCUAGAAUACCAAAGAAAUGGAUUAAAUUUAAAAGAGAUUUUGAGAACUUUAAAACAGCAUGCAUUCCAUGGGAGAUGAAGAUAAAAGAGGUUGAAAGUCAUUUUGGCUCCUCGGUAGCAUCAUAUUUCCUUUUCCUUAGAUGGAUGUAUGGAAUGAAUAUGGUUCUGUUUGGCUUAACAUUUGGUCUUGUUGUAAUACCAGAGCUUCUUAUGGGACAGCACUACGGCAGCAUACCUCGUAAGACUGUACCAAGGUCUGAACAGUCAACUGCUAUGGAUUUCUCAACACUUUGGGACUUUCAGGGCUAUGCAAAAUACUCUGCAUUAUUCUAUGGUUACUACAACAACCAACGGAUGAUUGGAUGGCUGAAAUUCAGGCUGCCUCUCUCUUACUUUACAGUUGGAAUUGGUUCUUUUGGUUACAGCUUAAUGGUAGUUAUUAGAGCAAUGGCCAGAAAUGUAAAUGAGAGCACCGGAGAAGGCGAUGAUGACAACUUUAACUUUAGUUGGAAAAUGUUCACCAGCUGGGAUUACCUGAUUGGCAACCCAGAAACUGCAGAUAACAAGUAUGCAUCCAUCACUACAAGUUUUAAGGAGUCCAUAGUGGAUGAAGAAGAAAACCAGAAAGAUGAAAAUAUUCAUUUGAUCCGAUUUCUCCGUGUUGUGGCAAAUGUCCUUAUCAUAGCUUCAUUAGGAGGAAGUGGUUAUCUCAUCUUUUUUGUGGUGAAGCGUUCUCAAAAGUUUUCAAAAAUGGAAAAUGUUAGCUGGUAUCAAAAAAAUGAGGUUGAGAUAGUCAUGAACUUAUUAGGGAUGUUCUGUCCUCCACUGUUUGAGACCAUUGCUGAAAUUGAAAACUAUCAUCCACGUGUAGCACUAAAAUGGCAGCUAGGAAGAAUUUUUGCACUAUUCCUUGGAAACCUCUAUACAUUUUUACUUGCUUUAAUAGAUGAAGUCAAUGGAAAGUUGGCAGAAGAAGAAACUGUAAAGAAUUCCACAUUGUGGUUUCUACAGAACUAUUACAAUUCUACCAUGGGAAAUGAUACUACAGCAACCCCACCACCUAUGGACCCUGCUGAUAUACCCCAAGGACCUUGCUGGGAAACCAUGGUUGGACAGGAAUUUGUGAAACUAACUGUCUCUGACAUGAUGACAACAUACAUAACAAUACUUGUUGGGGAUUUUAUUCGUGCUGUCAUUGUUCGGUUUCUCAACUAUUGCUGGUGCUGGGACCUUGAGGCUGGAUUUCCAUCAUAUGCAGAGUUUGAUAUCAGUGGAAAUGUGUUGGGUCUGGCCUUCAAUCAAGGAAUGAUAUGGAUGGGUGGUUUUUAUGCCCCAGGUUUAGUUGGACUCAACAUAAUUCGUUUGGUGACGUCAAUGUACUUCCAGUGCUGGGCAGUGAUGAGCAGUAACGUCCCUCAUGAACGUGUAUUUAAAGCUUCAAAGUCGAAUAAUUUUUAUAUGGGACUAUUACUACUCAUUUUAUUUAUGAGUCUGCUGCCUGUAGCUUAUACUGUCAUGUCACUUCCACCUUCAUUUGAUUGUGGACCAUUUAGUGGGAAGAGCCGGAUGUAUGAUGUGAUCUACGAAACUAUCUCAACUGAUUUUCCAGCCUUUAUUGGACAGAUCUUUGGUUAUAUUGCAAACCCUGGAUUGAUCAUCCCAGCUGUUCUGCUUAUGGUGUUGGCUAUAUAUUACCUGAAUGCUGUUUCUAAAGCAUAUCAACAAGCAAAUGCUGAUCUGAAAAAGAAGAUGGUGAUGCAACGUGAAGAAGAGAAAAACAGAAGAAACAACACCACUAGUACCAAUGAAACAAUGCUGGACUUAGAAGAACUCCUUCCUAAAAAUGCUAAACUGAGGCAAGCGCAGGCAGAAGCAGAAAAAGAGAUGGAAAAAGAAAAAGCAGCAGCUUCAAUAAAGAAGAAUGAAAAAACAAAAAGAAAUGAAAGUAUAUCAAGAAAUCAAAACAGUAUACAUAAUGGAAAAGGAGCAACACUGGCACCUCCUAACCCUCGUGUAGCAGUAACACGACCACCUGGACCAAGACAAAAUGGAUACUUACCAGGCGAACCCAGGCCUGGUAAUUAUCAGCCUCGUGGGCCUCCACCAGGUGCUGGAAGACAUCCACCAAGAUAAAAUGAUAUAGGAUAAAAUUCUGAUUAAUAAGUUUGAAUAUCACUCUUUGCUUUAUCCCAUUUUCUGGCACUGAAUGUUUUAAGGUUUAUUUAGAUGACUUUGCAAUGUAAGCUAUACAGAAAUAAAUGUGUUAUUUCUGUUAUCUUAUUUUACUAUUGUUUUGUACAGAAUGUCUUAGUUUUCAACUGUUAGGCUACAAAAUCUGUGGAAACAUAACACUAGGUACAUGUGGGUGAAAAUAUCACAGACAAAUUCUAUAAUUUAAAUACAUUAUAUAGAAUAUUUGUACCUCCAUUGUAUUUUAUUCCUAAUAAUGUGUACUUCAUAUAAAAUAUUACUAUUAGAUAAACUGUGAAACCAAUGGUUUUGCAUUCCACACAUUAAUGUUUCUAUGCUGCACUGUUUUCUACUUGCUGUAACUCUAGGAAGAACAAAUAUCAUUAUAUUUAGUUGUGAAGUUAUUGGAGUUUUCAAAUUAUGUAGAUUUUCCAUGUUUGCUCAUUGAAUCCUAAAUGGAAAAUAAUAAUGAUUUGUAAGGGUAGUUAUUUAUAUAAAAGUUAUUGCUAUUAUCGCACAACUGCACUUUUUAUUUUUUUUUACUGAUAAUUUACUUGAAGGGUACCAUUCACAAUAAUAUGUAAGAGGCAAUUUAAGAGAAUGAGCAUCUUAGCAUUAAUAUAGAAGGACUGCCAUGACAGAUCUUCUUUGGACUACAUUUAAGUCUUUUAUAUAUUAUGCAUAUCACUUUUAUGCCACUGUAGAAAUGAUUUAUGAUGUGCUUCAAGACAGAGCUCAGUGUAAAUAAUGUCAAAUUAAAGUAUUCUCUGGUGUCUCAACACUGCUGCCUCUUAAACUGAUAUAUUUAUUUGCAGUAAGUUGUUUUGCAGAUUUAAUCAGUAUUCUAAUUUAUAACAUAAAUAAUACUUGUAGUAGUUCUUAACACAUAUGCACUGAUGGUUUCAUUAAAGAAACUAAUAAUAUGUAAAACUAAAAAUUCAGCUUUAGUUUUUUUAUGCUACUUGCUGCUAUUUUUUAAGAUUGCAGAAUUAACUGUAAUAAGAUCAAUUCUUUGAAAAGCUGAGUUUGUUUGGCAACAAGAGGGACCUUGCAUUAGCUGCAAUAUCACACAGCAGUGUUUAAGGUGUGUGCCUUUUUCUUGCAUGUGUGUGACUUAAGAGUUAUUAUGUGUAAGUAAGUAGUGUAUCGUGACAGGAGGUUUUAUGAAUAACACAGAGAUAGCAAAUGUAAUCUGACAGCCUCAAAGUUUAUAUUCAUACUAAUUUCUCUAGGUCAUCUGUUUACCACAAGAUAUGUAAAUCACUGUAGUUAGCUUUUUAACCUAAAUGCAAUAUAUUAAUAUACAAAAUGUUCUCCCCUCACUAAAAAUAUGUAUCUAUAUGUCUGUAAUGAUUGUGCAUUAUGUUACAGCAAUAAUUGUGAAAUUAAUUUUAAACUAUAGUAUGAAUGGAAUGGGCUAUCUACAUCAAAUAUAAAUCUUUUUUUGACAUAUAAAAAAGAUAUUUUAAUAAAGCAGAAUUUUUGGUGCAUAGAAUAAUGUUUAAA